AUGAGAGAGUACUAUGCCUUUAGACUGCAACAACGAUCAAAUGAAGGGCAGACCCUUAUUCGAGGAGGACGACUAUUCCAGCAGUUUGUAGUUGAUGCAUAUGCUACUAUUGAACAAUGUAGAUUGAAGUGGGUUAGAGGCCAUCAUGAAGAAAUACGCGCUGACGUAUUUCAAGGUAUAAAAGAAGCAGUUGCAGCAGGAGACACUGAACCAGGUACUGCAGGUAGAAUAAUUUUACCAUCUACCUUUACUGGUGGACCGAGGUAUAUGAUUCAACAUUACCAAGAUGCCAUUUCUAUAUGCAGACAAUUAGGACCACCAGACUUAUUUAUUACAUUCACAUGUAAUCCAAAAUGGUUUGAAAUCACAGAAGCUCUAAAGAAAAUUCCUGGACAACAACCAAUUGAUAGACCAGAUAUAAUUAGUCGCGUAUUUCAUAUAAAACUGAAAGCACUAAUGUCUGACCUUGAAGGAAGCAGACACUUUGGAGAAGUACAAGGAGACAAGCCAAAGACUGCAGCACAUGUUGAUUCAAUAAUUCAAGCUGAAUUCCCAGACCCAGAGAAAGAUAGAGUUGGAUAUGAUGCAGUCUGUCAAUAUAUGUUACAUGGUCCAUGUGGGGCUGUCAAACCUAAUAGACUUGCAUGCAUCACAAAAAAAUGUUCAAAGAAAUAUCCUAAAAAGUUCUGCGACAAGACAAGUGUUGAUGAAAAGGGGUCUCCGGUAUAUAGGCAUCAACAAACGAAUUGUGGAGUUGAAAAGGAAGGUAUCAAGUUAGAUAAUAGAUGGGUUGUACCACACAACCUAGACUUAUUGGUCAGAUAUGAUGCACACAUUAAUGUAGAAGUUUGCAAUUGCAGAGGUGUGUCAAUAAAAUACCUUUUCAAGUAUUUACACAAAGGAAGUGACCGAGUAACCGCCAUUCUGGAAACACCUGCAACAAAGAAAAAGACUACAAACGAUAGUGAUAUCAGUGAUCCAAAAGAAAGUACAUCAAACUUCAGUGAUACUAUUGCACCAAAUAAUAAGCCCAAACCCAAAUUUGAUGAGAUUAAGAAGUAUCUUGACUGUCGUUAUCUAUCUGCCUCAGAAGCGUUCUGGAGAACAUUGAACUUUGAAAUUCAUUAUCGUCGUCCAAGCGUAGAAAGAUUACCAUUUCAUCUCGAAGGAGAGCAGUUGAUUUAUCAUAAAGAUACUGAAGACUUGAGAGAUGUUUUGGAAAGAACCGAUCCAGAUGCAACAAAAUUCCUUCGCUGGAUGAAAGCUAAUAGAGAACACGUAAAAGCAAGGAACCUAAUGUAUGCAGACUUUCCUUCGGAAUGGACAUGGGAUACAGAGUCUAAAGAAUGGAAACCAAGAAAGAGGGGCUUCAACAAAAUAGGACGCAUCUACUAUGUCCACCCCACUGCAGGAGAGAAAUAUUAUUUGCGUAUUUUAUUGAAUGUGCAAAGAGGUUGUCAGAGCUACGACGAUAUUAAAACAGUAGACUGUGUAACUCAUCUGACAUUCAAAGCAGCAUGCUUAGCCCUAGGUUUGUUAGAAGAUGACGGGGAAUGGGACCAUGCUAUAAAGGAAGCAGCAGCGAUAUAUAUUAAUGGAAAAAGAUUGCGAGAACUUUUCGUUACACUUUUGUUGAAUUGCAAAGUCACUGAACCUAAAAAACUAUGGAGUGAAAACUGGAAACUUUUGGCAGAUGGCAUUGAACACGAACACCAAAAACUUUAUGGGAAUGAGAAUUUAACUUACGAUGAUGAUGAUUUGAAGAACUAUGCUCUUCAAGAAAUCGAGUUAAUAAUGUGGAAAUGUGGUAGGACUUUGAAAGAGGAUGAAUUUUCAGAGAUUCCGUACCCAGACAUGUCAGGAAUUGAUGUUCCUAGGAACCACUUAGUUGCAGAAGAAACAAGCUAUGACAGGAUUAAUCUACUUGCCGAGGCAGAGAGUUUAAAAAGAGAGUUAAACAUAAAACAGAAAAUAGUGUUUGACAGUGUCAUCGAUUCAGUUGAGAAGAAAGAUGGUAGUCUUUUUUUUGUGUGUGGAAGUGGUGGAACAGGUAAGACAUAUCUCUGGAGAACCAUUAUUUCUUAUUUACGAGCGCAGGGUAAAAUUGUUUUGGCGGUUGCUUCUUCGGGUAUAGCGUCCUUACUAUUACCAGGCGGCCGUACAGCUCAUUCGAGAUUCAAAAUCCCAUUGAGGCUUAAUGAACAAUCAUGCUACAAUAUUUUUAAGAAAACAAAUGAAGCCGAUUUAUUAUGCAGGGCCGACUUAAUUAUCUGGGACGAAGCACCAAUGAUGCACCGAAAUGGACUUGAAGCUGUCCAGCGAACCCUAGCUGAUUUAAUGAUGGAAAAAAAUGGAGGAAAGGAAUUGUUUGGUAGAAAAACAUUGGUUCUUGGUGGUGAUUUCAGGAAAAUUUUAUCGGUAAUUGAGGAAGGGUCGAGAGAGGAAAUAGUUAAUGCUUCUAUAAGCAGGUCAAAACUAUGGAAACAUUUUAAAGUCUUUGAAUUAACAAAUAAUAUGCGUCUGCUGACCGGAGAUACGUCUGUUGAAAAAAGAGAAGAAGUUGAAGAAUUUUCAAAAUGGGUUCUUUAUGUGGGUAAUGGUGAAGAAAAUACAUAUUUGAGUGCUGAUUACAUUGGACCAGAAUCGACGGAAUAUCGUUCGAGCGUUAUUUUCUACGACAAAGAGUUUCUUAACAAGCAUGAAUGUUCUGGAAUGGCUAGCCACAAGCUAACCUUGAAAGUUGGAGUGCCAAUCAUGCUACUCCGAAAUAUAAGCCAACCAGAUGGACUAUGCAAUGGUACUAGAUUGAUUGUCAAACAAUUGGGGGAAAAGUAA